GAACUGAUAUAUGACUCCCUGGAAAUAUUUUUUGCUAGAUAGAAUAAAAUGCAAAAAUAAUAAUAAUCAGCCAAGAAUAUUACUUUACGCCUUCUACGUGCCAUGGCCAAGGUUAAGGUUAAGGGCUGUGCAAUCAUUAAUCCACCAAGUUUCUGGAGCAGGUAAGACAUUAAGUACUUUAUUACUUUCUUUCCUCUCAGUAUAAAACUCACACACAUACACACAAAGACAUGCACACACACAUUCGCAGUCAGCGACACCAAACAAAUCUAUUACCACCCACACACAUCACUGUAUGCCAGUGGCACAGAAGAAAAUGGCUGACAGUCAUUGUUGGAUUUAGGAUCCUGCCAGGACACUUUUAGUUUAUGAUUUCUCUUGUGAUUUGGCAUAGGAGAAUAUAUUUCUGGCCAUACUAAGGUGAUUUCCCAGCCGAGAUGGCUACCUUUGACAACAACAUGACCAACCUAACCAAUGUCAGUGCCUUCUACUGUCACUUUCACGAAGGUUUUAAAUAUAUUCUCCUUCCUGUCAGCUAUACCCUGGUCUUUGUAAUUGGCCUGGCACUGAACGCCACAGCGUUGUAUGUGAUUGUGUUCCGCACUAAGCGCUGGAAGCCCUCCACUAUCUACAUGUUUAACCUGACGAUGUGCGACACACUCUACAUCCUCACUCUGCCCUUCCUCAUCUAUUACUACGCAGAUGAGAACGACUGGCCCUUCAGCGAACCAUUCUGCAAGCUCAUACGCUUCCUGUUUUAUACCAAUUUAUACGGUUCCAUUCUGUUCCUGUGCUGUAUCAGCCUGCAUCGCUUCGUUGGCAUCUGCUAUCCAGUCCGCUCCCUCUAUUGGGUCAGCGCUCGUCGGGCCAAGCUGGUAUCUGUGGCAUUGUGGGCCUUUGUAUUAUUCUGCCAGUCACCUAUUCUCUACUUUUCAAGAAUUAGGGAUGUGGAGGGUGAGCGGAUCUGCUACGAUACCACUAGCCCAGAGCUUUUUGAUGACUUCCUGGUGUACAGCUCAGCUGUGUCAGUGCUAAUGUUUGCCUUGCCCUUCAUCGUGGUGAUGGUGUGCAAUGGCCUCAUGGUGCGGAAGCUUCUGGCCCCUGGCUGGGGGUCUGAAGGGGCUGAGAGGGGAGGCCUGUCAGCCCAACGUUCCAAGCAGAAGUCGGUGAAGAUGAUCAUCAUUGUGCUGGCAGCAUUCAUGCUCUGCUUCCUGCCUUUCCACCUCAACAGGAGUCUUUACUACUCUUUAAGAUACCUAAGGCAGGUCGAUCCAUCACAGAUCAGCUGUAAGUUGCUGGAGGCGUCCAGUGUGGCCUACAAGGUGACCCGACCUUUAGCCAGUGCCAACAGCUGUGUGGACCCCAUCCUUUACUUCCUGGCUGGGCAGGAUGUCCGCAGUAGCCUCACCAAGAAGAACAAGUCAUCAAAAUCAACAAGUGUGAGCCAACACCUGGCCACACAACUCUGAUCCAAUAUAACUAUUUUGGUAAAAAUGCAGAAAGCUGUGGGGAAAUGCAGUACUUAUUGUCGGUCUCUUCUGGUAGAUGUGCCUCCCCACACUGACACCGACCAGUAGAAGUGCAUGUUCAGAUUUGACUAAAGGGUAUAAAUAAACAUCUAAAUCAUGUAGUGGGCAUUAAAGGCUGUUAAAUGAUUUCUACAGAUCAUAUUAUGUUAUGUUUGAAAAGCUAUAAUGUAUGGACAGAACUAAACUAUAUGGAGCUCCACAUCUGUGUUUGUGUUGAUUGUACUGGACAACUGCUGCACCUGAUGUUUGUAUGUUUGUAUGGGAAUAAGUGGAUUUUCCUGUGGAUUUUCAUCUUUCUUUCCACAUAUCGGACAAAGAUGGUAAACCACACCACUCUGUUGAGACUUCUUUUGAAUAUGCUGGAGCAGUGCUCAUGUCUCACUUUGUGUUACAAAAUGUGAAGGAAUGCAAAAAUAGUAUUAAAAUAAACAUUUCUAUAAAUGUAUAAAUUA